AAAUCCGGAAUAUCAUAAAGCCGACUUCUCUUUUUCUUGCAGCCGCAGUUUAAGUGUGUGUGGUGUAAGAAAGCAUUAAACCAGUCCUGCUCUGUGCUACAUCACCUUUCUGCUUCCAGAAUGAAGCGGUUAUGGAUCUUGGGGCUUUUCUGUGCACUUCUUGUCUUCUCAUCUGUUAAGGCAGAAGAUGAGGUUGAUGUGGAUGGGGCAGUUGAGGAGGACCUGGGCAAGAGCAGAGAUGGAUCCAGGACGGAUGAUGAAGUCGUUCAGAGGGAGGAAGAAGCCAUUCAACUCGAUGGUCUAAAUGCAGCACAGAUUAAAGAACUUCGGGAGAAAUCGGAAAAGUUUGUCUUCCAGGCAGAAGUGAACAGGAUGAUGAAGCUGAUCAUCAACUCUCUGUACAAGAACAAAGAGAUCUUCUUGAGGGAGCUGAUCUCCAAUGCUUCUGAUGCCCUGGAUAAGAUCCGGUUGAUGUCUCUCACCCAUGAAGACGCACUUGCUGGGAAUGAAGAGCUGACUGUUAAGAUUAAGUCGGACAAGGAGAAGAACAUGCUUCAUAUCACUGACACUGGCAUUGGCAUGACCAAAGAGGAGCUUGUGAAGAACCUGGGCACAAUUGCCAAAUCGGGUACCAGCGAGUUCCUCAGCAAGAUGACUGAGAUGCAGUCCGAAGGCCAGUCUACCUCAGAGCUGAUUGGCCAGUUUGGAGUCGGGUUCUACUCCGCCUUCUUGGUGGCUGACAAGGUCAUCGUCACAUCCAAGCACAACAACGGCACACAGCACAUCUGGGAGUCCGACUCGAACGAGUUCUCGGUUAUCGAGGACCCACGAGGAGACACCCUGGGCAGAGGAACCACUAUUACUCUGGUCAUGAAGGAAGAAGCCUCUGAUUACCUUGAGCUGGAGACAAUCAAGAACCUGGUGAGGAAGUAUUCGCAGUUCAUCAACUUCCCCAUCUACGUGUGGAGCAGCAAGACGGAAACUGUGGAAGAGCCGAUCGAGGAGGAGGACGCCGAGAAAGAGGCGGAGAAGGAGACGACUGAAGAUGAGGCUGAGGUAGAGGAAGAGGAGGAGGAUAAAGAGAAACCUAAGACCAAAAAGGUGGAAAAGACUGUAUGGGACUGGGAGCUGAUGAAUGACAUCAAGCCUAUAUGGCAGAGGCCUGCUAAGGAGGUAGAGGAGGAUGAGUACAAAGCUUUCUACAAGUCCUUCUCAAGGGACAGUGAAGAGCCCCUGAGUCACAUCCACUUCACAGCAGAGGGAGAAGUCACCUUCAAGUCCAUCUUGUUUGUCCCUGCUGCAGCCCCCAGGGGUCUUUUCGACGAGUACGGCUCAAAGAAGAACGAUUUCAUCAAGCUGUUUGUACGCAGAGUCUUUAUCACAGAUGACUUCCAUGAUAUGAUGCCCAAAUAUCUGAACUUCAUCAAGGGUGUGGUGGAUUCUGAUGAUCUUCCUCUGAACGUCUCCAGAGAGACUCUGCAGCAGCACAAGCUUCUGAAGGUCAUUCGCAAAAAGCUGGUCCGCAAAACUUUGGACAUGAUCAAGAAAAUCGCAGAGGAGCAGUAUACCGACAAGUUCUGGAAGGAAUUUGGUACCAACAUCAAGCUGGGAGUGAUCGAGGACCACUCAAACAGAACCAGACUGGCCAAGCUGCUUCGCUUCCAGACUUCCCACAGUGAAUCAGGAGUCUCCAGUCUGGAGCAGUAUGUGGAGAGGAUGAAGGAGAAGCAAGACAAGAUCUACUUUAUGGCAGGAACCAACAGAAAGGAGGCCGAGUCCUCUCCUUUUGUGGAGAAGCUGCUGAAGAAGGGAUACGAGGUCAUCUACCUGACUGAGCCAGUGGACGAGUACUGCAUCCAGGCACUGCCCGAAUUUGAUGGCAAGCGAUUCCAGAACGUGGCCAAGGAAGGAGUCAAAUUCGAUGAGAGCGAGAAGGCCAAGGAGACACGGGAAGCCCUUGAGAAGGAGUUCGAACCCCUUACCACAUGGUUGAAGGACAAGUCCCUGAAAGACAAGAUUGAGAAAGCAGUGUUGUCCCAGAGACUGACCAAUUCUCCCUGUGCUCUGGUGGCCAGUCAGUAUGGUUGGUCUGGAAACAUGGAGAGGAUCAUGAAGGCUCAGGCCUAUCAGACAGGAAAAGACAUUUCCACAAACUAUUACGCAAGCCAGAAGAAAACUUUAGAAAUCAACCCCAAACACCCCCUCAUUAAAGAAAUGCUGAAGAGAGUGACUGCUAGUGAGGAAGACCAGACCGCCUCAGACCUGGCAGUGGUUCUGUUUGAGACUGCCACCCUGCGCUCAGGCUACCAGUUGGCCGACACCAAAGCCUAUGGAGACAGGAUAGAACGCAUGCUCAGGCUUAGCAUGAAUGUUGACCUGGAAGAACAGGUUGAGGAAGAGCCAGAAGAGGAGCCUGAGGAACCUGCAGAGGAAGAGGAAGCUGAGGAUGAGGAAGAGGUGCAGGCAGAUGAUUCAGAAGAUACGGAAACCACAGAGAAGGAUGAGCUGUGAGUGAUUAGGAACCAGUGGAGGGGUUUUUGACAGGGUGAAGGAUCAGACGAGGGGGAGGGUCUAAUGGCAGACAGGGUGGAGACCGGAUCCUGAGUGGAUGCUUUGUCUGUCAGAGCUUUGUGGGGUUGGGUAAUGGGUUUUUUAAGGAGCUGCUUUGUGUUUGGAUUUUUUUUUUUUUUACAUUCCUCAUGACUGUAAAUUUGUUAAUAUUUAACUGACCCGGUUAUGGAGUGUUGAAUUCCUGUCAUGUGAACCAUUAAAUGUUUUCAAAAACA